GCACUGGGUGUUUUACUACAUAGAUCUCCGAGUCCUUCCGCAGUGCCCAUAGAUUUCUGCUCAUCCCGCAACGCCUUCGGAGCUGGUUUGACCCUCGGCGUCUGCCGUCGGCAGCCGCCUGCCAGCUGUCGGCGCCUUUGUGAGGCGGCGGAAGGGACGCGGGGCCGAGGGCGGCGGGCGCAGGGCCGGAGCCGCGGACAGGAGCCGCGGACAGUGUUUCAGCCAUGUCUGACAAAAGUGAGCUGAAGGCGGAGUUGGAGCGCAAGAAGCAACGAUUGGCUCAAAUCAGAGAGGAGAAGAAGAGAAAGGAGGAAGAAAGAAAGAAGAAAGAAACUGACCAGAAGAAAGAAGCUCUUCCAGUACAAGAAGAAUCUGAUCUUGAAAAGAAGAGAAGAGAAGCUGAAGCAUUACUUCAGAGCAUGGGGUUGACACCUGAGUCUCCUGUUGCUGUGCAACCUCUGCGAGUAGUAACAGCGGAUACCUGUCUGUUUCACUAUUUAGUCCCUCCUCCUACCUCUCCGUCUUCCAAAUCUGUGAGUACGCCAAGCGAGGCUGGGAGCCAGGACUCCGGGGAUGGUGCUGUUGGAUCCAGGACGCUGCAUUGGGAUACUGAUCCAUCAGUUCUUCAGCUCCACUCUGAUUCCGAUCUGGGACGUGGACCUGUUAAACUUGGAAUGGCCAAAAUUACACAAGUUGACUUUCCUCCUCGAGAAAUUGUUACCUACACAAAGGAGACACAGACACCUGUUAUGACUCAGCCCAAGGAAGAUGAGGAAGAGGAAGAUGAUGUGGUUGCACCAAAACCAUCAGUUGAACCUGAGGAAGAAAAAACAUUGAAAAAAGAGGAGGAGGAAGAAGCUGCCCCUCAUGAGCUCACAGAGGAGGAAAAGCAACAAAUUUUGCAUUCGGAAGAAUUUUUAAGUUUUUUUGACCACUCCACAAGGAUUGUUGAAAGAGCCCUUUCUGAGCAAAUCAACAUUUUCUUUGACUACAGUGGAAGAGACUUAGAGGACAAAGAAGGAGAAAUUCAAGCGGGUGCAAAACUGUCCUUAAAUAGGCAGUUUUUUGAUGAACGUUGGUCAAAGCAUCGUGUUGUCAGUUGUCUGGACUGGUCAUCUCAGUAUCCAGAAUUGCUUGUAGCCUCUUACAACAACAAUGAGGAUGCGCCUCACGAGCCUGAUGGGGUGGCCCUUGUAUGGAAUAUGAAGUACAAGAAAACUACUCCAGAGUAUGUCUUUCACUGCCAGUCGGCAGUGAUGUCAGCUACAUUUGCAAAAUUUCAUCCCAAUCUCGUGGUUGGUGGCACAUACUCGGGCCAGAUAGUGCUGUGGGAUAAUCGCAGCAAUAAGAGAACCCCAGUGCAGAGAACACCACUUUCAGCUGCUGCUCACACGCACCCAGUGUACUGUGUAAAUGUUGUUGGGACCCAGAAUGCUCAUAAUUUGAUUAGUAUCUCAACUGAUGGGAAAAUAUGCUCUUGGAGUCUGGAUAUGCUUUCCCAACCACAGGAUAGCAUGGAGCUGGUUCACAAACAGUCCAAGGCUGUGGCUGUUACCUGCAUGUCUUUCCCUAUUGGAGAUGUCAACAACUUUGUUGUUGGCAGUGAAGAAGGCUCAGUGUACACUGCAUGCCGUCAUGGCAGCAAAGCUGGAAUCAGUGAGAUGUUUGAAGGACACCAGGGACCAAUCACUGGUAUCAACUGCCAUGCAGCAGUUGGACCUGUAGACUUCUCACAUCUUUUUGUCACCUCUUCUUUUGACUGGACAGUAAAGCUUUGGACAACGAAGAAUAACAAACCCCUCUACUCCUUUGAAGAUAAUUCGGAUUAUGUUUAUGAUGUGAUGUGGUCUCCAACUCACCCUGCCUUGUUUGCCUGUGUGGAUGGGAUGGGCAGGCUUGACCUGUGGAACCUCAACAAUGAUACUGAGGUGCCCACUGCAAGCAUUACCGUGGAGGGCAACCCUGCUCUGAACCGUGUGAGAUGGACACAUUCUGGGAGAGAGAUUGCUGUAGGUGAUUCAGAGGGACAAAUAGUUAUAUAUGACGUGGGAGAGCAAAUCGCUGUUCCUCGCGGGGACGAGUGGACCCGGUUUGGCCGGACGCUGGCAGAAAUCAACGCCAACAGAGCUGAUGCAGAGGAGGAGGCUGCAACCCGCAUCCCGGCGUAAAGCCUUCCAAACAGGCUGCAGGGCUACACUUGGCAAUGAUUGGAUGCAAAUCCUAGUGUGUCAGUUCUAAUCACAGCUUAGGGGAGGAAUAUAUGGAUUCAACAAUGGACUUUGAAAUGUAUUAAGAUUAAUGAAAAUCAGAUCUUGCGUUGUUAUGUUUUAUAUAAAUUACAAGGACAUUCUGGAUUUGUGGAACUUUUAAUACAGUUAACUUUGACUUUGCAAGGAUCUCCUUUUGCUGAAACACUAACCUGGUAUAAAUUUGCUACUUGGUUUCUGUAAAGUCCAAUCUGAAACAGUAUCUUUCUGAAAAGUAAAAGUUCUGCUCCUAAAACUUUUUCUGUAUUACAGACUAACCUUCAUUAGGUAGAAAAUCUCUGAAGCAUUCUUUAAUUUGAACUCUUCAAAUUACCCAUCAUAUGCAUGCAUAUGUUCUGAGUUUCAUUAUUUAUAUAUAGAUAAGCCUCAGACUCUGGUAGUGGGUAAUAUACGUGAAUAAAAAUUUGUCUGUAGUUACAAACUUAUGUGAUAAUCAGACCUGAAUUAAUGAAUACAUACUUAAUACCGAUUUCCUUUUGUUUGAACUGAUGCAUUAAAAGGUGAGACUGAUUCAUAAAUAAAUACUAUACAAGCACUUGUCAGCUGCCCUGACCACUAAUCUGCGUAGUUUAAAGUUUCUGGGAGCUGAUCCUUUUGUUUUGCUGCACACAUCACUGGCCUGUUCUCUACCCCCAACCACCCCUUACUGCCAUGGCAAUUAGCAGAAAGGCUCCCGUUAUCAAAUUUUUCUUUUCCAAAGGAUAAGGAACUAGACUUUAAGUUAAUUUCUAUAGCAUGAUGAUUCUUAUUCUGUUAACUACAGACUUGCUACUAAUUUUCUGUACUAAGAUGUUUAUUAUUAUUUUUUAACAUUUUUAUUGAAACAAAAUUUCUUAAUGGCUUGAAACAGAAGGGUCAGACUUUCUGUUAAAGGUUACUUUUUUCUUUCUUAGCAUAUUACAAAGUUUUCAAUCAAGAUGGGUUGCAGAGGGGCUGUUUCUUUAGGUUGGUUUUUUUUUUUUUUUAAAUAAAUACUGCGAGUUUUCCUAACUAGACACUACAUCAGUUUUGUAGUAUUUAACCUAGGACUGUAUAUUUGUUCUUAAUCUUUUACAAGCUCAUUGUUUUGCCAGAAGAGCUAGUUUUGUAUGCUUAAAAAUAGGAAAUAGGUUUAUAUUCCUUAAUUACUUUCAUGUCCAGUAAUGUCAUUGUUUCUUUGUUGUUAAACUUUUCUGUUUAGUUUUGAGGUUUUUUUUCCUCUAUCUCCUUGCCUUAGUUCUGUUGUUAUGAGCAGCUUGUAGAGACACAGCAGUUCUGUCUCAGAAAGUUUUCUUUAUUGGCAGGUCUGGAAGUGAAAUGUGUUUAGGCUUCCAUUGGUGGAAGUGUGUGUCCCUGCCUUUUGAAUGCAGCCAUGCUGCUCAGUUUGCAGGCAUUUCUCCUGUGUGCUCUGCUCAACCCUACAACAGCAGCAUGUGAACAGAGUAAGAACAGGCACAUCAUGAGAUGGUUUGUACCUAGAAGCAAAAGAAUUCUAAAUAAGCACAAGGUCUCUUGGUUUGAUGGUUUUGGAGGGAGGUGGUGCUUGGGUUUUUGGUUAGUUGUUCUUGUAGGUUUUUUUAUUGACAUUACUUUUCAUUGAGUAAUACAUUUCCCUCACACUUUUAUUUUCAGAAAUCCAGUAGAUAAGGCGUUCUUUCAGACACAUGCAGGUCAUAGGCAUUAGUUUUGUGUAGUUUCAACCUUCUAAUAAUUUUCAGUUAUUAAAUUUAAUGCUACUUAA